UCCGGGCCGGUCCCCGCGCGCGCGCCGGCGCUCUGAGCUGCUGCUUGCUUCCGUCCUCUUGCCCCUGUACUUGCUCGUCGUUCAUUCAAAGUAUGUGUUAACAUUCACUACGUGCCAGUUGCCAGCUAAGCCGUGCCCUCAUGGAACUCAGACUGGUGGAGGAGAAAGACGUUAAUCAGCGCAAUCACUGCAAUAAAUUUCUGUUAUGAGUCGCUAAAAUCAUGGUGAAAUGCUGCUCGGCCAUUGGAUGUGCUUCUCGCUGUCUGCCAAAUUCCAAGUUAAAAGGACUGACAUUUCACGUAUUCCCCACAGAUGAAAACAUCAAAAGAGAAUGGGUAUUAGCAAUGAAAAGACUUGAUGUGAAUGCAGCAGGCAUUUGGGAGCCUAAAAAAGGAGAUGUAUUGUGUUCGAGGCACUUUAAGAAGACAGAUUUUGAUAGAAGUGCCCCAAAUAUUAAACUGAAACCUGGAGUCAUACCUUCUAUCUUUGAUUCCCCAUAUCACUUACAGGGGAAAAGAGAAAAGCUUCACUGUAGGAAAAACUUCACCCUCAAAACCCUUCCAGUCACAAACCACAAUCACCAGCUCGUUGGUACUUCCUCGUGUAUUGAAGAAUUCCAAUCCCAGUUCAUUUUUGAACAUAGCUACAGUGUAAUGGACAGUCCAAAGAAACUGAAGCAUAAAUUAGAUCAUGUGAUCAGCGAGCUAGAGGAUGCCAAGGAAAGUCUACGGAAUGUUUUAGAGCGAGAACAACGUUUCCAAAAAUCAUUGAGGAAGACAAUCAGGGAAUUAAAGGAUGAAUGUCUGAUCAGCCAAGAAACAGCAAAGAGACUGGAUGCUUUCUGUUGGGAGUGUUGUCAGGAGAGCAUAGAACAAAACUAUAUUUUAUAAAAUAAUUUCAUGUCAUGUUCUACCUAAAAUUGACAUUGGUACAGCUUUUUAGAAAAUAAUUCUCCCUUACCAUUGCUAAAUAAUAUCUGUCAUUUUAAGUGCUUCUUGGAAUCCUCUGGAGCAUUAUGCAUUGUAGUUGCCAUCCAAAGAUUUUUCUGCAGAUGUGCAGACAUUUGUGGCAAUUAUCAUGUUUUGGGGUGGCUUGUGACAAUUAUGUUUUUAUAGACCUAUGCUACUACCAGGUCACUAUUGUAAGAUGUUAAGAUCUCAAGAAGAUUCCACAGGACUAAAGAAAUGAUAUAAAAAUAGCCACAUUAAGCUAUAUUAGAAGGAGCAUCAGAUUUUUGGCUUCAAAGGAGUACCUACACUUAUAUGUGCUUUAUGGUAAGUAUGUUGAAUUUUACUGUAAAUUUAUUUUACUGUAAAACAGAAUUCAUCUAUAACACAUAUCCAUCUUGGAUCCAAUCCAAGGUACUUUAGUUAUCAAUAAUACCUAGUGGUCUUUUCAAAGCAUCCCAUAGUAUUGACCCUGAGAAUAACACAUGAUGAAGAUCUGUUGGCUUUUCAAAUUGUUCAGAGCCAGCUUAAGAAGAUUCCUCAUAGGUCUCAGUUUUUCAUUACAGUGCAUCAUUCCUCCUCACUAGGAGCACUUUGAUGUAAACCAGAAUAGAUUUCAAAACAAAAAAAAAGGGUCAUAAAUCUGAUUUUUAAAUGGUUGGUUGCUCUGACAGGUCUGAACAUUUUGCUUCAUGAUUAUCAUUUCAUUAUAAAGGUCUGUCUUCAAAAUCUGAAUGCUAGGACUAGCUGAAUAUUUUUAAUGCGGCUUUGUGUUUUAUGGAAAGUAAUAUUGCUGGCAUUUUUAAAAAUAUAAAAUAUAGAAGAAACCAUUAAAAAUUAAUAAUUGUGGCUUUUUCAGUUGAAAUAGGAAUUGGAGAAAGAAUCAGAAAAUUUUUCUUUACUUAGGAGAGUAGAUUAUUAUCUAAGGGCUUUUAUUUAGAGAAAGACAACUGAAAUGAGUCAUAAAUACUGUGGAUUUAGCCAAAGCCACACUCUACAUAGAAGCACCUGUACAUAUUAUGAACCUCAUUCAGAAGUCCAUGCUAUAAUAGUUAGAAUUUGAGUAUCAAUUAUUUCAUUGUAUUAACAAGAAAUGAAUUGCAUUUUGUGCUAAUCUGUUCAUUGUACCUUUAUUUGUGUUACGUUAAUAUCAGUAAGGAUAUGGUGACUUGAAUUUUUUUGUAUUUAAGAAUUUUCAAUGUUUCAGUGCAUGUUAUAUUUUUAUGUAGGAUUCUAAACCUUCUAUCUCAAUGGGAUGUUACCCACCAGUAUUAUGCUAAGAGAAAAUCACUGAGGCCAUAUCUUUUUACUACCUUAAAAAAACAAAAACACCCUUUCAUUAGCUACCUGUUGUUUUAGUUAUGUAAUUUUGAAUUCAUAAUGAAUACGUUAAUGGAAAGUUUGGGUAUGAACUUAGGUUUUAUAGAGAAAUUUUGAUAAAGAUGAAGACUUUUUCCCUUUUUCCCUCACCCUAUUUGUGAGUGUAUAAAUUAAAGUAAGCCAAUGGACAGUGGAGAAAAGAAAGAGGAUAGAUCCAAACAUGGUAUGUCUAAAUUCUAACACUCUGUUGGCUGCUUAGAAUAAAUCAAGGCUGGAAGAUCUUCCCAAAAGUAAAAUCCCACAUUCUGCCACUAUCACAAUUGCCACAGUCACUUUUACUACUUGUAUUCAUAGUGAACUCAGUCCUUGUUGUCUUUCUCAUUGGAUCUAGUAUCGCUGAGAAAUAAGUAACUGUGGGCAAAAUAUUGGUAUCAUUAAGGACCCGGAGCUGCCCAUUUGCUCUUUGUUCUUAUGGAGAAAUGGUUACCAAUAGAAAUCUGACAUAAAAAAUAGGGUCCUCCCCACCCGCAGUCCCAGACAAAGGCCUGAACACAGUAUAUACCUCAGUUGUCUGUUCCCAGCGAUUCCAGCCUACCCCAGGAAAGAACUGUCCUGUAUAAAGCAAAGCCAAGUCAUCUCUCCCACCCAGAAAUUCCUCUGGCAGCCAAGGCUGACCUAAAGGUUCCACUCUGCUUUAAAGGAGUGGCUUCUGGAUCGUGGAACACACUGAUACACCAAGUUCAACCUCAGCACCAAGUCAGGUACGAAGGACUUGUCAUGUAGCAUUUUCUCCAUAUCAAGUUUAAAUUUCUGGAAAUGAACUUUGUUUGCUAAAGAUAAUUACAGUUAUACCAUAGUCUUUAAUUUGUGAAAAGUUGAAAUGUAUUGAAUAUUUAUUUAGUUUUAAUAAAAAGAUAAAAUUAUUACAGAAAUAAUUGAGGGAUAAAAGAAAGUCCAUUAUUUAUUUGAAAAAUAAAAUAUUUUCUC